ACAGUCUACAGAAGCAGUCUACAGAAGCACAGUCUACAGAAGUAGUCUACAGAAGCAGAAUGAGAAGGGCAGUACUUUGGAAAAUGAUUUAAGAAUGACAGAAUUGUGAGCCGAGCUGGCCGACAGCGACCGGUGCGCAGCGCAUCGGCCGCGCCGUCCGAUCCCCGGCCCACCGGGUCGGCUUUAGAGAGGUACCGGUAAGGUGUUCCUGUGACUGUGGUGCUGCGGUUCUGCAAGAAAGAAAGGGAACUGAACUAAACUAGGUCAGGAAUAAGAAAGUAAGCUAGCAGAGGAAAGAAACGGAGGCUUCACCACUUCAAAAAGAUGAAAGAUGGAAAGUCUUUUCUUGUCUGGUCAACAUCCAAGGUCAAGAUAUAUUGAAGUUGACAGCUACUAAUGACUUAAAUAAUGAAAAUCUUGAGAGCUCUGUGAUGGACAUACCUCCUAAGGGAGAGAAAAAAAAAGCAUUGGAAAAGCUCAUUCAUCUUUGCAAUAUAUCUGCUGGCUGAUUUGAGAGAGAAAAGAACCAAGGAGAAGAAUGAAAAAGCAAACAAGAAGAAUAGUGUGUCAGAUAAUUCUAUAGGAAUCGUGCAGUGAGGUUAGUAAAGACGGAAGAAGAACUAAAAGGGAAUGGACAUCUAGAGCUCAAAGAUGAAGUCACAGAAUUCUGUUAGGAAGAAGCAGAGAGACAAACCAGCGGAUCGCAAUGGGAACAGCGACCUGACUAAAAGUAAACAGAAUGGUCAUAAGAAAAAGAAGAAAAUAAGUGAAAAACAAGGCAUGAUAAACAUAACAAAUACUAGUAGUAAAAAUAAGGGAAAUGCCGAGAAUAACAAAGAAAUGGUUAAAGGGAGUCAGAGCAGCUUGUUAGAUUUUGUGUCUCCAGUUGAAAAGAGUAAAUCAAAGAAAAAGAAGAGAAAUGACCAAACAGAUAAUGGAAGACAGCAAAGUUUGUUAGAUUUUAUAUCUCCGAAGCAGAAGAAAAGAAGAGGUAUUGGGAAGGGGAACUGUGUUAAAGAAAAAGAAACCAAGGAGAUUAGUGAGACCAGAAAAUGUAUUGAAGGUGAAAGUUCUGCCUCAAUAUCAGGACUGAAAAAGAAAGUUCCAAAGAAAAGGACGCAGGAGGAUGGUCAGAGCAAAAGUAAACCUGCAACAGACCCUGUACUAGAACAGAAAGCUUUUAAGAAAAAGAAAAAGAAGAAACACAGAGAACAUAAUAGCAAUAGCAGCAGCAUAUUCUCACGGGAUAGUCCCCAAGAAAAUAAACAAAAACCUGGAAGUGAACAGCAGGAUCCAUUGAAUACAAAGGGAAAGGAUUUGAAAGAAAGCAACAGCAGUGCUUCUGACCUUGCAAAAGACAAGAAAGCCAAGAAGAGGAAAGUGUCUACAGAAGUGUAUCCAGAACGGUCUAAGAGAAGCAAAGAGGUCAGAUCACCGCAGCAAACUUUGGAGGAAAAGAGAGCAUUAGAGGACGCAUUUCUGUUCCAGCACACACAUAUUUCUAAUUAUAUCAGAGGCGAGCUCUACAGUGAAGUUUACGAAGGCUCAAGCUUUACUGCAAUGUCAAGCAUGUUGAAAGAGUGUAUUCUGCAAGAGAAAUGGGAGGAUUCUAUCAAGAUCCUGUGUGCCCUAUGUACCUACCAAAGACCUGAUAUUGAAUGUCUCUGGAAGUUUGGAGCCCAUGUUCUUCAAAAUCAUCCUGAUAGCAACGCUGAACAAAUAGAAGACCUCUACAGAUUUGUCCGCAAGAUCAAUACGGCCAAUCCGUACCAGAAGAAGUUAGAGCAUGCCCUCUUCCUCCUCCGACAGGAUAGGAUGAAAGAUGCACUGACAACUCUAUCAGAAAUGUGGCCUGCAUCUAAACAAUUUGCUAACAAAGAAAGCAAUCAGCCACAGAUCAGAAAGAAGCUCAUCUCAGCAAAUGCUGGAUUGAUUGAAUACUGCCAGUGGCAUGAGAAAACAAAGGGGAGAGGUGAUGAUGAAGUUGUUGAAGAUGCAACUCUUCGGAAGAGGGCUCUUACCAAUCUGGGUAAAUUCAACAAUGAUCCAGGUGUAUGGGAUAUUUUCAUCACAAAGCAAGUGGAGAUGUUGGAGAUUAAAGAAGGCAGUAUCAACAAGGCAGAGCAAAUACUCAACAACUAUCUAAGUAACAACCCUGGGAAUCCCAAUGCUCAUGUCUAUCUCUACCAGUUCAUCAAAAGGAACAAGCCUACUAAAACAAACAAACUCAAAACACUAUUGAAGAAGUUAGCCACCCUCUUGCCUGCCAGUGAUUACCUACUUGAGUACGUGGACCUCCUGGAGAAGACGGAAUCGGCAGAGUUAGCCGAGGUACUUCCUCUGAUCUUCAACAUGGCUGAUUAUAGUACCUGCCGUUAUCACAUUGCACUGUGGAAGACGCUGGUUGAGCAUAUCCUCCCUGUUGUUGAAAGUAAAGACAAGCCUGCCAAAGCUAUCCUGAAGAAAUGCUGGUCCAGUCGUAAGUCUUGGUGGACUAGCUAUCACUUUGACAGGCAUGGUGUAGCAGAGAUGGUGAACAGACACCCAGAGAUAGCAGUACAGAAGGCAAUCCUGGCAGCCAUCUUCUAUGGAUCUAAUUAUCCAUUUGUGCGGAAGGUACAGAAAGCCAUACAAGAAAUUAGACCCGAGUUGUCCAAAGAACUGGAGGAUGAAACUUCCUUGUGGUCAAAUCCUGCUGUAUGAGAAUAGGUGUCCUCCAGUACUCCCCACUUGCUGAAAAAACUGAAUUGAAAGUGUAUUAUUAGAACCAGAAACAAAGAUUAUUUUGUGAUGCCAUGUUGCAGGAAUAAAGUCAAGGCUAGUCUCGAGGCCAAAUUUUGCCGGCAUUGGCCGAGUCAUAAAGUCAAUGGGAAAUGUGACUUGGAAGUAAUGGCCUUGACUACAUGUUUAUGAUACACUUAACUCAGGGUACCAUUCUGCCUCCUUCAAGUUGUUCAACGUGUGAAGAUAUUUUUAUGAGAAUUUCCUCUAGUACUCUAAACAUGCUGAAAAAGAUAGAAUUUGACAUUGAAAUAAUCGUUGAAUGGCAUUCAGAGAAAUGGAAACAGAUGACUUUGUGAUGCCAUAUUAAACUAUGUUAAACAUCACAUCUCAAAAUGUAGAAAUUUCCAGGGCAGCUCAGACAAAAAAAACACUGUAUAAUAGAAUCAUGGUUUUGGUGACGGCCUUAAUGUGGCAUAUGAUAGUUAAUGAACCUUCACAUUGAAAAUAACGAGUCAUCACAAACUAGGAGGAGGAGGAGGAGGCAAGGUUUACACCAAGAAGGGGUACAAAACCAAGGACUUUGACAAUUUCAUGGAUAAUGCCUUUAUACUAAGAAAGGGCCAAUGAUGAAUGAUUCUUUUUUUUUUUUUGCAAAGGCCACUAGAUACAUGGUAAAUUAAGACCAAUUAAACAUGAAAUCUGCAUAUUCCAUGGUUUUGCCUCCCUCCUGGUUUAAAACUAAAACCUCUUUUAAAUUUGGACCUUUAAGUUUCAUCCUACACCAUAUUACUAUAAUAACUCAGUUUAACUUGCUGAUAUAAUUGUAUGUGCCACCAACAAAAUUGUUUUGUUACUCAUUAUUUUUUAUAAGUUAUGGUGCAUCAGAACGGCUCUCAUUUAUAAUUAAGUUUAACAAAAAUAUUUUAAAAAAAGCAAUGAAAUAUAGAAGGUUGUCUCACUCAAAAUCAACAUCCAGUAACCAAUUUAUGAAAGGCCCCAUUAGCUUUUUUUAAUUUAUUAUUUUACUUUAAAUGCAUCUGGAAAUUUCAAGUUGGGUAUUGAAUGCUGGUUUUGGUGAUUACAUCAGUCAUGACAGUAAACUUGAAAGAGGCAAUAAACGUAGCUGUGGGGGGGGGGGGGAGAGGAAAAAUAUUGAUGACUCUUCCCCUCUUUUGUUUUUGUUUGGUAGAUGUAUGUAUGGAAAAGUGCUUCCAAAAUAUGAAUAUUACCUUUCACCCUUCUUUUCCAGAGGGGGGGGGGGGGUUCUCUUAUGGAUUAUUAUUAUAUAUUUAUUUUUGCAUCUCGAUCCUGACAAGGUUUUCCAGAUACAACUCUGGAAAGAGGUGUUGGUGCUGGAAAUGACCCCAGACAUAUAUGGGUUAUUAUGUUGAGAGCUAGUGUGCAAUGCCAUAUGCUUUCCAUGUUUUUGUUGACAAUGCCAAAAUCUCAGGAUAUUUUACUUUUUUAUGUAUUUUUCUUGCUAUUAAAGACUUGUAUUUUUAUUGUUGAAAA